AUGAAUGCGUUCUUUGAUGAUUAUAUAAAUUCAAAGACAACACUAAAACAGUUUGUAGAUCAGUAUGAUAAUGCACUUAGGCGCAAGAUUGAGAAUGAGCUUGCAGCUAACUUCAGUUCAUUCCACACACAAAUUUCGUGCAUAACUUUUUAUGGCAUUGAGCGGCAGUUCCAAGCAGCGUAUACAAAUGUAAAAUUUAAAGAAGUUCAAGAAGAGUUAAGAGGGUUGAUUUAUUGUUGCGCAUCAAUGAUUCGAAGUGAAAGAGGGAUGUUUACAUAUCAUGUGACUGACGAGAUCCAAGUUAUGGAUGGGUUUAGGAAAAGUACAAAAUAUGUUGUUGAGUUUAACGAGGAAGAGUGGAGGAAGGACAUGAAACGAGACUACACGCUUGUCCGAAGUAGCCGCGAUAAUCUGAUUCAUAGUCCAAAUGCACACCGAAUUAAUAAAUUGAACAAUGCUUUUUACGAGAUUUCUUCAAUUCCAGGCACCUCAGAUGAAGGUUGUGCAAAGUUAAUAACUCAGUUAAGUAAGUUGAAUUUAGAGUGGGUUGAAGUCCAGCCAGUAUGUGAUAAUCAUUCAAUUGAGUCAUUAAGGGUGACAAAAGGGUCUGAUAAAUUAAAAAGUCCUGUAGCUGCACGUAGUAAAGGUAGGCCAAUUUCUAAGAGGAAACAGUCCAUGGUUGAGAAGGCAGUGAAUAGGUUGAAAGCAAGGAAGACUCAACGAGCUCAGCAGAAUAGGUGCAUAAAUAGAAUAGCUGUAGGAGAUUUUGGCUCACCUAGCUUGGCGGAGCGUGACUUUCCUAUAACCUCGACUGCUCAAUCGACUGUGGAUGAGAUAUUGCAUGAUGAGAAUGUUGUGAUUUUGCAAUUUUGUGUAUAUGUUUUAGUUAAUUGGGAGAUGAAAGCAGCUAAAGGAAAGGAACUUUGA